AUGAAUAAUAGUAUAAAUGGUACAAAUGUUAUAAUUGAUGGUAUGAAUAGUGUGAAUAAAGAAGUGAAUGAUACUAUAAAUGGUCAUGUUACUAAUAAAAUGAAUAAUGAUAUGAAUGGUGCAAAUUUUAUAAUUGAUGAUGAUGUAAAUAAAGUGAAUGAUGGAGUUAAUAAUAAUGUUAAUGAUGAUAUAAAUAAUGAUAUGAAUAAUAGUAUUAAUGGUGCAAAUAAUUAUAUAAAUAGUGUGAAUAUUAUGAUUGAUAGUGUGAAUGAUGGUGUUAAUGAUAGUACAAAUAAUGGUAAUAAACAAAUGAGACAAGAGAGUGGUUUAAAUAUUAAUGAGCAAGAAAUUCAACAUACUAAUAUUUAG